AUGCAUCUUCAUCUCUGUUUAAUAGUUUGUCUUACUUUGUCUGCUGUUUAUAGUCGUGACAUUAAAAGUUCACAAAAACCAUUAUUAUCAGAGAAGUUUAUUAAUGGAAUAAAUACUGCUCAAUCAACAUGGAAAGCAGCACCAUCAAAAUUUAUGACAUGGUCAAAAGCUUCAGUAAAAAGAUUAAUGGGUGUUCUGCCAGAACAUUUUAUACAAGUAAAACAUUUGGAUCCACUUGUACAUGAUGUACCAAAGGAUCUACCAGAUAAUUUCGAUGCACGUGAUCAAUGGCCUAAUUGUCCAUCAAUUAAAGAAGUGCGAGAUCAAGGAAGCUGUGGUAGUUGUUGGGCUUUUGGUGCAGUUGAAGCUAUGUCCGAUCGUAUUUGUAUUGCAUCAAGUGGAUCACAAAUUGUACGUAUUUCAGCCGAAGAUCUUGUUUCGUGUUGUUUAUUGUGUGGUGAAGGUUGUAAUGGAGGUUUUCCAGUAGCAGCUUGGAAUCAUUAUAAACUUACUGGAUUAGUCACUGGUGGUAAUUAUAAUACAAAAGAAGGUUGUGAACCAUACACAAUUCCUGCAUGUGAUCAUCAUGUGAAUGGAAGUCUUCCACCAUGUCAAGCUGAAUUACCAACUCCUCGAUGUACUCACAAAUGUAUUGAUAGUUAUCCAACACCAUAUACUAAAGAUAGACAUCACGGUGCAAGUGUUUAUUCAAUUAGAUCAAAUCAGGAACAAAUUCAAACAGAAAUUAUGAAAAGUGGACCUGUUGAAGCUGCUUUCUCUGUAUAUGCAGAUUUUCUUACUUACAAAUCAGGUGUUUAUAAACAUACAGCUGGUUCUUUUCUUGGUGGUCAUGCUGUUAAGAUUCUUGGUUGGGGUGUAGAAAAUUCAACACCUUAUUGGCUCGUUGCUAAUUCAUGGAAUGAAGAUUGGGGUGACAAAGGUUUUUUUAAAAUUCUUCGUGGUUCAGAUGAAUGUGGCAUUGAAGGCAGUAUUGUUGCUGGUGCUCCAAAACUUAGUUAA